AUGCUGAGCCAUCGAAGUCAUUUCAAACGUGAUCGUGGCAGCUGUCUAAGCAGUUGGGUUCGCUCCAAAGAGAAGCUUGUGCGACUGCGUAGAGUUGCACAAAAUGAAAACCCAGAAAUGGACUGCACAUUGCUCCGUGCCUCAACAAUGAUGCUCAAGUGUCUGCACAAAGUUCCCAGCCGAUGCAUGUUUGCAAAGGUGCAGAGCGUCCUUCUCGAGCGACCAUGCGACACGCUGUUGACAACCAAUCCUGUUACGACUGUCUUGAAUUUGCUUUUGAGAAAGCGCAUCCUCCACUUCGUCAAAGUUGAGCAGCUGACAACUGAGAUCCAUUCACAAACGUCCUUUCGCAGCGCUCACAACAAAGAAGCGUCUCUUUCCGAGGCACGGUCCAUUGGUCUCACCUCCGCGCACCCGACUUUGUUUUUCAUGGAGCUUCGCAAGAUGGGCAUCGAAAGGGGGAUGCAAGCGGCGAAGCCAGGUUACCAGCCAAAUCUCGGCACGUAA